GUUUUUUUCAAAACAAAAACUCCUCAUAAAAAUUAUUAUUAAGUUUUCGCUACGAAAGGCAAAACUCUUAGCUCUCAAUCACAGGGCUUGGUACUAUCCUUGCUGAAUUAUUUUCAACAAGAAAAGGAUAAUGGAGGGCCUCUAUUACCAUUGUUAGCUGUCCAAGAGAGGGUUUCUCAGGCACUAAGUAUCAGUUUGUCCACUAUUACCAGAAUACAGCGCCGUUUAUCAUCUAAUGAUAAUGUCCUAAGAUCACCUGGAAAGAAGAGACCCAGAAAAAAGUCUAAGACAACAGAUUUAUCUGAUGCAGUCAGGCGUAAUAUACGAGAUACAGUGUAUCAAAUGUAUAGUGAAAGUAAUGAUAAUGAGCAGAAACAUGUCACAAUAGCAAAUUUGAAUAAAGCGCUUAAAGAGAAAGAGCUUGCUUCUAUCAGCAAUAGCUCUUUACAAAGAGUGCUGCCCACCAUAGGCUUUAAAUAUAAAAAAGAUGGUAAUAGAAGAUUUCUAGUUGAGCAAUCCAGUAUUGCUUUACUUCGCACCAAAUUUUUUGAGAAGUUAUAAUGACUAUGUGAACAGUGCCUCGCAUCAAAUUGUUUUCAUGGAUGAAACAUGGAUAUUUUCAAAAGGCAGUCCAAAAAAGUCUCGGCAAGAUGAGUCAAUAAAAAGUGUAAG